ACUCCAGUUGUUUUGUGUUUUCUCCAACACUAGGUUACAAUCCCAGAGUGCAAGCAUCCAAUUCAGCCAGGGAAUGCAUCAGACUUUUCUUUCCUAACCGGAAGUGUUUUGUCUUUGACCGGCCAACUCAUGACAGAGAACUCUUACAAAAACUUGAGACUAUCUCAGAAGACCAACUGGAUCUUAAGUUCCGGGAAGGAACAAAGGCUUUUGUUUCUUACAUCUUCACUUAUGCCAAGAUCAAGACCCUCAAAGAGGGAAUUAAGGUCACUGGGAAUAGACUGGGUACUCUGGUGACAACCUACGUGGAUGCCAUCAACAGUGGAGCAGUGCCUUGUCUGGAUGAUGCUGUGACAACUCUGGCCCAGCGCGAGAACUCAGUAGCUAUGCAGAAGGCUGCUGACCACUACAGUGAGCAGAUGGCCCAGCGACUGAGGCUUCCCACAGACACUCUCCAGGAGUUGAUGGAUGUGCAUGCAGCCUGUGAGAAGGAAGCCAUGGCUGUCUUCAUGGAGAAUUCCUUCAAGGACAAAAAUCAGCAAUUCCUGAAGAAACUGGUGGAAAUAAUAAGUGAGAAGAUAGCUUUUUUCUGGUUGAAGAAUGAAGAGGCAUCGAAUAAAUACUGCCAGGAAGAACUGGAUCGACUUUCAAAGGAUUUUAUGGACAAUAUCUCAACAUUUUCUGUUCCUGGGGGACACAGGAUUUACAUGGACAUGAGGAAAAAGAUUGAACAUGACUACUGGCAGGUUCCCAGGAAAGGGGUGAAGGCAUGUGAAGUCUUCCAGAACUUUCUCCAGUCACAGUUCAUCAUCGAGAGUUCCAUCCUGCAGGCAGAUACAGCCCUCACUGCUGGGGAGAAGGCCAUUGCAGUGGAGCGUGCCCAGAAGGAGGCGGCAGAGAAGGAGCAGGAGCUACUAAGACAGAAGCAGAAGGAGCAGCAGGAGUAUAUGGAGGCUCAAGAGAAAAGUCAUAAAGAAAACCUAGAGCAACUGAGAAGGAAGCUGGAGCAGGAGAGGGAGCAGGACAUCAAAGAACUUAAGAUAAUGCUGGAGAAGCAACUGAAGGAUCAAAAGGCUUUCCUUGAGGAAGGAUUUAAAAACAAAGCUGAAGAAAUGAAUGCAGAGAUACAGAAACUGGGACAAAACUUCAAGGAUAUGAGAAAACAUUGGUUCCACUCUGGAACUUAUCGAAAGAGCAUUUUGUGCAGGGGCUUUUAGUUCCCUUAUCCUGGUUGCAGUGUUGUUAAGACACAAUCCUUCACUUUUAAGGAAAUAAUAGACUGUGACAUAAGCAUUGUUUUAUUUUGAAGCUGCCUGGUUUUUAUUUUCACUCAGAUAAGUUUAAACAUAAAAGUGCUGAUUUGAGGGUACCUGUGAUCUGCCCACAUGAACAGAACAGCUCAUACAUGGCUACACAGACAAUGUUAGCCUUUAGAGAACACAUUUUUGAAAUGAGUCCUAUAGAAGAUAUGCAAUUAGUCAUUACAUGCUAUUACUGUUGGCCAAUUUGACUGCAUAUAGAGUCAGCUAUGAGACAAGGCUUUCCAUACUCAUUUGAGGACUAUUUAGCCCAGUUUUGCUUGUGGGGAAUUAUCUCAGAUUAAUACAGUAGGGAACCCAUCCUAUGUUGGGGCAGGACCGUUCCUGUGGACAGAAGACACAGUAGAAAGAUGAAAGCAAUCUCCCUACCACUUGUGGCUUCCUGACUCUGGAUGCAAUACAACAAGCCAGCCUCGACUUCUCUCAGAAUGCAUUCUCCAGCCUUGACAGAAUGUAUCAUCAUGAUUCAUGGACCACAACAAACCCUUUCUUAAGUUGGUUUUGUGAGGGUUUUUCAUCUCAGCAAGAGGAAAAGUCAUUGAUAUCAUAACUGUGAUAAUCCCGGAAUCUACUUAAACAUCACUUCUUAGAUUGGCAAUGAAUUUUAAUAUGACUUGAUCUUGGAGUACUAUGUAGUCAAGAAACAAAUGUCAGUCAAGCUAUCUGUAUAAUGUUCCAAAUUGAGCUAAAAUUUAUCUUAAAAGUAAAGUCAAAACACCAUAAAA